AUGGACUUCUUACCUUUCCAUGCCGAGGAUAGAAAACCUGGUGUCGACUACGUUAGAUGUCAAAAAGAAUUCGAGAUCCAGUUGAUGUUACUCCAGGAGGAUAUCAAGAAUGGCUUUGGGUGGACCCAGAAGCGGGGAGAUGGAUAUGGGAUUUGCAAUAUAUCAUGGACUUCUAAUCAGAACAAUUUCUCAUCAAGUCCACCACAAGAGCGAAGCACAAAGGUAGAGCCGAUCCCUCGCAUCAAAUCUUGA